AUGGAUCUUACGGGCAGAAUUCCACAAGAUUUUGGAAACCUCACAUUUCUUGUUUAUCUUGACUUGGGAAGCAACAAUUUCUAUGGCAAUUUGCCUCAAGAAAUGACACGUUUGCGUCGACUAAGGUUUCUUAAUUUAAAUUCUAACAACUUUAGCGGGGAGGUUCCUUCUUGGUUUGGUGUUUUACACCAACUUCAAGUUGUAACUCUUAGGAAUAAUAGUUUCACUGGAUCCAUCCCUUCUUCAUUUUCUAAUCUUUCGAAACUCGAAACAUUGAGUUUGAGACUCAACUCCUUAGAGGGACAAAUCCCAAAGGAGAUUGGAAAUCUUGAAAAUCUGAGGAUUUUAGACUUGACCGGAAACAAACUCAUAGGUUCUAUCCCGCUGACUCUCUCAAAUGCCUCAAGGUUAGAGACCUUAACUAUCUCUCACAAUUUCCUUCAAGGAAACAUCCCAGAGGGGAUUGGCAAUCUUCACAACUUGAACCUUUUGGGGAUAGAAGAUAAUCAGCUAACAGGUUCUAUACCAUUGUCAGUUUUCAAUAUUUCCAGAAUUGAAGCCAUUGGAUUUACAAACAAUAGCUUAUCAGGAAGUCUUCCUAAUGAUUUAUGCAAUGGUCUUCCAUUACUCAAAGAGCUUGAUUUAUCUGGUAACAAGCUUCAGGGUCAUAUGCCUACAUGCUUGUCAAAUUGCUCAAAACUUCAAAUAUUGUCAUUAUCAGAAAAUGAGUUUGAUGGUCCAAUACAUAGUGGAAUUGGAAGUCUAAGUAAUUUGCAGUUCUUGUAUCUCGGAUCUAACCAUUUCACUGGGAUAAUUCCUCAAGAAAUUGGAAAUCUUAUUAACUUGGCGUUGUUAGGCAUGGAGUUGAACCAGAUUACUGGCUAUGUCCCAAUCUCCAUAUUCAAUAUCUCCUCACUGCAAUAUUUUACUCUUCGAAAGAACAAUCUCAAGGGAUCCUUACCACGAGAGAUUGGUAACUUAACCAAGCUGCAGGUUCUACAUCUUACUGAAAAUAUGUUUACUGGUGAAAUACCCAAAGAGAUAAGCAAUCUCGUUUACUUGGAGGAAGUUGCUCUUGAGUCUAAUAAUUUUAGUGGUUCGCUUGCAAUGGAGAUCUUUAACAUAUCAAGCUUGCGAUUGGUUGAUCUUUCAGCCAACAAUCUAUCAGGAACCCUCCCAUCAAAUUUAGGCUCGAUCUUACCCAAUAUUGAAAGUCUUUAUCUGAGUGCUUUGACCAAUCUUGUUGGGACUAUUCCUCAUUCAAUCUCCAAUUGUUCAAAACUUAUUAUUCUAGAGCUUUCAUAUAACAAACUCACUGGCUUGAUUCCUAUUACUCUUGGAUAUUUGACUCAUCUACGGUACCUAACCUUGCAAGGAAAUAAUUUAAUAAGCGACUCAUCACUAAGCUUCCUGACUUACUUAACAAACUGCAGAGAUUUAAAAUUUCUUUCUGUAUCUUUGAACCCUCUAAAAGGCAUGCUUCCACCUUCCGUAGGUAACCUUUCCACAUCUCUUACAAAAGUUUCAGCCAGAGAUUGCAAAAUUAAAGGAAGAAUUCCAAAUGAAGUUGGGAACUUAAGCAGCUUAUUUGAAUUUGAUAUUUCUGGAAAUGACUUGGUUGGAUCAAUUCCCAGAUCAAUUGGCAACUUAAGAAACCUUCAGCGUCUCAAGUUGAGUAAUAACAAACUUACAGGAAUUAUGGGAGAUAAUCUAUGUAAAUUUCAUCAUUUGGGUGCUAUUUACUUGGGUCACAAUCAACUUUCAGGACCACUUCCUAAUUGUUUAGGGAACGUUACUUCCCUUAGGGAGAUAUAUCUGGGUUUCAAUAAAUUGAGUUCAAAUAUACCAACAAGCUUAGGGAACCUUAAAGAUCUAAUGAUUCUUGACUUAUCGUCAAACAACAUGGGUGGUUCUUUACCUCCAGAAAUCGGAAAUCUAAAGGUUGCAAUACGGAUAGAUCUGUCAAUGAAUCAAUUUUCAAAUAGCAUUCCUAGAGAAAUCGGAGGCUUGCAAAAUCUGGUGAACCUUUCUUUGAGACACAACAAGUUGCAAGGAUCUAUACCCGACUCAAUGAGCAACAUGGUAGGUUUGGAAUUCAUAGACUUUUCUCAUAAUAAUAUAUCAGGAAUCAUUCCCAAGUCUUUGGAGAAACUUAAAAACUUGAAGUACUUCAAUGUUUCUGUCAACAAAUUGUAUGGUGAAAUCCCCUCAGGAGGUCCUUUUAAAAACCUCUCAAGUCAAUUUUUCCUUUUUAAUACAGCGUUGUGUGGCUCUCGAAGAUUUGGUGUCUCACCGUGCCCUAUUUAUUCUAAGCAUAGAUCAAAUAGGAAAAAAAUGCUUAUAUUUCUUCUACUGGGAAUUGCACUAUCAUUUGUUCCUAUUACCUUUGUGCUUGUAUGGAUAAGGUAUAGGAAAGGUAAUAGUGCUCCUCAACAAGCUGAUUCAUUGUCUAUUGCAACAAGAGGAAGAAUUUCAUAUUAUGAAUUGCUCCAAGCAACUGAUUCGCUUAGUGAGAGCAAUCUGAUUGGUUCUGGGAGUUUUGGCUCUAUCUACAAAGGCAUACUCAGAAGUGGGACUCCUAUUGCAGUUAAGGUAUUCAAUCUUCAAUUGGAAGCAGCAUUCAAGAGUUUUGAUACAGAAUGUGAAGUUUUGCGCAACCUCCGCCAUAGGAAUCUCACAAAAGUCAUCACUAGUUGUUCCAACAUUGAUUUUAAAGCUUUAGUACUCGAGUACAUGCCCAACGGAAGCCUCGAUAAGUGGUUGUAUUCACACAACUACUUCUUAGACAUCAUGCAGAGACUGAACAUAAUGAUAGAUGUGGCAUGUGCAUUGGAAUAUCUCCAUCAUGGCUGCUCCUCUCAUGUGAUUCAUUGUGAUCUAAAGCCUAGUAACGUCUUGCUGGAUGAGAAUAUGGUUGCCCACCUAAGCGACUUUGGUAUUUCAAAACUUCUUGGUGACAAUGAGAGUGAUUUAUACACUAAAACCUUAGCAACAUUGGGUUAUAUUGCACCAGAGCAUGGACUGGAUGGACUGGUGUCAACAAAAUGUGAUGUAUAUAGUUACGGGAUCAUAUUGAUGGAAACGUUUACAAGGAGAAAGCCUAAUGAUGAAAUGUUCGAUGGGGAUCUUAGCUUGAAGCAAUGGGUGAGUUAUUCACUUCCAAAGGCAAUAAUGGGUGUUGUAGAUGCCAACUUAGUAACACCACAGGAUAAUCACUUAAACAAGAAGCUAGAUUGUGUGGCAUCGAUCAUGAAAGUGGCACAAGAUUGUUGUGUUGAAUCUGCUACAAGAAGGAUCGACAUGGAAGAUGUUGUAGGGAUGCUAAAGAAGAUCAAGAUUCAACUUCUUGCAUGUGGAGCCCCGGGAGCCCCGAGUAUCGAUCGGACGAGGCUCGGACCAAGUUGGGAGCAUGGAACCAUAGUUGAAGCUCCCAGAUCUGUCAUAAUCGCACAUGCGCUUGGCCAGCCACAGGUGGGCACUCACAAGUGCAAGCCACGAGCCGCAGAAGUGAGAGAUCAAGGGCAGCCCAAGAACCGCAGAUGCAAAAGAUUGGGUGCACCUGCGCGAACGCAGGUGCGAGAGCUUUGGUCGCAGGCUUCGGGGCAAGGCAGUGCAGCAGGGCCAGCAGCCCAUGAUUUCAGCUCCAGUAGUCGUACCAGCCAUACAGCUGCCCAGAGGGAUGCUUCAGUAUUAUUUGAUCCAGGAUCUACCUAUUCGUAUGUUUCAUCCCUGUUUGCUCAUUUUAUAGAGAUUCCUCGCGAGUCCUUGGGUACUCCUGUUUAUGUGUCCACUUUUAUGGGCAAUUCUGUGGUUGUGGAUAGGAUCUAUUAG